AUGGAUUCUGAUGCAGUAAGUCUGGAGAAGGGCUUCAGAUUUUGCAUUGCUAAGAAGCCCACAGAGGCUGCCAUCCCUGUUGAUCCCACCGAACAUGCCAGAUUGCCGGAAAGCUUUCCUGAAUUACAGAAUUUGACGUGUCUUUCUGUAAAUGACAUCUCACUGCAGUCCCUGCCUGAAAAUAUUGGCAAUCUUUAUAACCUGGCUUCCCUGGAACUGAGAGAGAAUCUUCUUACAUACCUUCCUGACUCUCUUACCCAGCUGCGGAGACUAGAAGAACUUGAUUUAGGAAACAAUGAGAUAUAUAAUUUGCCAGAAUCAAUUGGAGCUCUCUUACAUCUAAAGGAUCUCUGGUUGGAUGGAAAUCAGCUGUCAGAAUUACCUCAGUCACACAAACCCGAGUUCCCAGCUGAUGUGGUCUUUGCCAUGACAGAGAACCUGCCUCGCUGUGGGGCACUGGAGUGCUUGGUAAAUGAUGUCCCGGACGAGGCCUGGAAUGAGCGUGCGGUGAACAGAGUCAGUGCAAUCCGAUUUCUGGAAGAUGAAAGAGACGAAGAAGACAAUGAGACGAGAACACUUCUGCGGCGAGCCACUCCACACCCAGGGGAGCUAAAGAACAUGAAAAAGACAGUGGAGAAUUUACGGAAUGACAUGAAUGCUGCUAAAGGACUGGAUUCAAACAAAAACGAGGUCAAUCACGCCAUUGACCGAGUGACCACUUCUGUAUAGAAUUCCACCUCCGAAUUUUACCUCCCGUGUCUUCCCCUGCUGUUGAGAUCCUGUCUCCUUCCUCCCCAGGAGCCUCCCGCAGUCCUGGGGCUUCCCCGGAACGUGGGCACGUGCGCGUCACCGCCCAGGAACGUGGGUGCGUGCGCGUCACCGCCCCAGAACGUGGGCACGCGCGUGCGCGUCACCGCCCACGCCGCGCGCUGGGCUGCUGCUCUCCCGAUGGAAGUGCCUUACUCCGGCUCCUCAGCCAGUCAGGGCAGCCAGUGCGCCCCCGGUGUGCCGCCUUUCCUCUGACUUCCAGUCAUUUGUCCCAAGUAGAAUACACUACUGUAAACAUCUGACCUUUGUUUCUGUCUUAUGUUGGGGUAAGGGAGUGCAGGAAGGGGAAUUUUGUUGAUCCUCCUCCCUCCCGUAAAGUGCUGGGACAUUUUGAGCCCAAGUUCUCUUGGACCUACUGAUGAGAGAGAGUUUUAUGUAUGGGGCAUAACUGAUCCUUUUUAAAAAAAACUUUUUGGCAGCUCAGAUGGUGUAAAUUUAAAAAUUUUGUAUAGGUAUUUCGUAGC